UAAAGUUAAGCAUUGAUAUGAGAAAACACACAGAGAUUUUGUUUUGUUUUCUCUUCUCUUGGUUUGGGUUUGUGAACACAGACUAUCUUCUACCAGUUAGAUUUCCUUGCAAGGCGGAAAGAUCAAAAGUAAAGCCCAAGAAUGUUAAUUUAGUAAGGCCUAGUGACAUAGAUAUAAUUGGAGCUCUCGGGGAUUCAGAUACAGCUGCCUUUGCUGCCAGGUCUAACAGUCUUCUAGAUUAUAUGAAUGAGUAUCCUGGAGUAUCCUACGCUACUGGAGUUGAUGCAAACUUUGCCGCAAAUCCUACUUUUGCCAAUAUUCUUCGCCAAUUUAAUCCCAGAUUGAUCGGAGGUAGCGGAGAAUCUGAUGGGAUCCUACCUGGGUUUGAUCUAGGAUUAAAUGUAGCAGUGAGCGGAGCAUUCUCCUCCGCUAUCCCAGAGCAAGCUAGAGUUCUUGUAGAUAAAAUUGUAGAUAUCCCUGGUUGGGAGUGGAAGUGGAAGAUUGUGACGGUAUAUAUUGGUUCCAAUGAUAUUUGCUCUGGAUCCUGUCAGGGAAUAUUUACAGGAAAACAAUUACACAUUUUUAGAAAAAAUUACAUAUUUUAAGAAAACAAUUGCACAUUAUUACAAAACAAUUACACAUUUUAAGAAAACAAU